AUGAUUUUAGGAUGCAUCCGUUGUCCUGCGGGAGCGCCAGGACCUGCUGGUGAAGAUGGUCAUCCAGGCGUACCAGGAAGAGAUGGUCUGCCCGGGAAGUUGGGAGCACAAGGAAUAGAAGGAGACGGUGGACCUCGAGGGGAAACUGGAGAUCAAGGAGAAGCUGGCUUGGAUGGACAGGUGGGAAGCUUUGGAAUUUCUAAAACUUCGAACUUGCUACGAAUUUUGAAGUGACA